GACAGCAAACUGUGUGGACAAGUCUCAAAUUUUAGUCUUUUAUAAAUCUGAUUAUAUUUUAAUAAUGGCUCUAGAUAAUUAUUUCUAUAAGGUAAGACGCUAUCAUCCCAAUAUACUGACCAAUGUGGGGCGUGUCUUAUUGAAUGCCAAGUGCACCACACCUGACCAUACUAUGACUCUCGCCCAGAUACGUGCUGCUUACAGGGAACUAACUGAUGACAAAUUUCCCAGUAUGGGCGAUCCACGGGUAGAAAUGUGUUUCUUGCUCUCAAUGCCGCAUAUCGCUUGUUUCUCCAAUAAGCACGGCACAUUCCAUUUUUACAUCAUUCGGGAAAAUGAGCCAAAAUAAGUUGGGAUUUUACCAAUAGAGGAAUUUUACGGAUUAAGUGCAAUUUAUAACAACUUUUUCAUAGUUUUAAUUUUAUGGAUACUAUUUAAGAAAUACACAAAAUCGUGCGUGCGCUAAUA